AUGACAGAGACCCGUGAGCCAGCUGAGACUGGAGGCUAUGCCAGCUUGGAAGAAGAUGAAGAGGACCUCUCUCCAGGCCCUGAACAUUCCUCUGACUCGGAAUACACUCUCUCAGAGCCGGACUCAGAAGAAGAUGAGGAGGAGGAAGAGGAGGAGGAGACCACAGAUGAUCCUGAGUACGACCCCGGCUACAAGGUGAAGCAACGCCUGGGAGGGGGCCGGGGAGGCCCAUCUCGAAGGCCCCCCCGGGCUGCCCAGCCUCCAGGCCCCCCUGCCCAGCCCUGCCAGCUCUGUGGCCGCUCACCCCUUGGGGAGGCCCCACUGGGCACCCCACCUUGCCGCCUCUGCUGCCCCGCCACAGCCCCCCAGGAAGCACCAGCCCCUGAAGGCAGGACCCUCGGGGAGGAAGAGGAGGAGCCGCCUCUGGCUGGGGAGGGCCAAGCGGCUGGGAGGGAUGAGGAAGAGGACGAGGAGGAGGAGGAAGGUGCCUACCAGUGCACGGAGUGCGAGGACUCCUUCGACAACCUUGGGGAGCUGCACGGCCACUUCAUGCUGCAUGCCCGGGGGGAGGUGUAGGCAGAGCCCCCACCCAGGGAUCUUGGCAGAAGGACGGGUGGGAGCAGGGGACUGAGGAAACUGGGGCGCUUAUUGCGCCCAUGGGAGAUGGGGUACUGCCGAUGUGUGUUGUCUUAGUAGUAGACGUGUGACGGCCAGAAUAAAAGCCAAAUUCUGUUUGC